UCCGGGUGUAGCCCCAUCUAAAGUUUCGUUUAAGUCUGUAACCCCACAAAACUUUUAGUUCUUGCUCUGGCUACACAUCAAAACUUCAACAGGUCGUACCCCCACAGAAUUUAAAUAUCGAGUUACGACCCCAUGGUCGUUAGUUACCAACGUUUUCCGUCUUAUUCCUUACUAAACCAGCUUAAAUUAAAACUAAACCAAAACUCUAUUUAGUUUUAACUAAUUCAUGGUUUUAGGCAUUUAUAUCAAAGCCGUCAAUCAGUUUUAAUAUAACAAAAGGGGAAAACACAACCGUAAUCCCCAUUUUUCUCGAUUUGGAACCCAAAAAUUGUGAGUGAGGAUUCAACAAACUGAGCUUACAGAGGAAAAUAUCUUGAUUCAAUGAGUGAGAAUAACAAUGAAGACGAGAGAGAGCAAACUCGUGAGAUGAGAGUGAUUCAAGUGACCCAGAUUAUGCUACUCCUGCUGAAGAAGAAAUCGGUUAUGGGGAAAGUGAUUCCGAUUCUGAAGGUGAUGAAGAAGUGAUGGACAGAUUUCACUUAGAGAUUGAAGAUGAAGUAGCUUUGUUCAGGGAUGAGCUUCCAAUACGGCAUAAUUUAUAUCCAGAUAGUGACAGUGACGAUGAGGAUGUUGUAGUGGUUGCUAGAAACAGAGGAGAACGCAUGAUCAGAAGAAGAGGAGAUGGAAAUUUACAUAAGGGACAAGCAUUUUACAAUGGUGUUACGUUUAAAGAAGCUGUCUUGGAUCAUGCUCUCAGAGAAGGUCGGAACAUUAAACAAUACAGGUGGGAUAAAAAAAUUUUGGGAUAAACAAUAGAUUGAACAUAUGGGAGGUGAAGAUUUAUCAUAAUUAUCAUUCGUGCACACACAAUGGACAUUGUGAGAUGUUGACUGAUCCAGUGAUUGCGCGGUUGUUUUUGGACAAGAUUAGAAGAGAACCAGAUUAUAUGAUGCCCAUGAAGAUUCAGGAACUGAUUUACGAGCAAUGGAAGCUGGUUGUGACAAGAAAUCAAUGUCAAGAAGCAAGGAAUAAAGCGCUAAAAUGGAUCCAAAAAGAAUAUGAAGAUCAAUUUGCACAUAUUCGAGGUUAUUGUAGUGAAAUCAAUGAUUCGAAUAAAGAUUCUACUGUAGCACUUGAAACCAUCAUACCAGAUGGUGAAGACCUCUUUGAUCGGUUUUACGUAUGCUUUGACAUCAUCAGAAAAUCGUGGAAGGAUACAUGUCGUCCUCUCAUAGGAGUGGAUGGUACCUUUCUCAAAAGGACACUCAAAGGUCAGUUACUUGCUGCUAUAGGUAGAAAUGCGUGUAACAAAAUGUAUCCAAUAGCAUGGGCUGUAGUACAAGCGGAGGAUGAGAAGAAUUGGUUGUGGUUUAUCCAAAAGUUAAAGUCUGAUUUGGAUCUUAAAGAUGGGGAUGGGUUUAUCAUAACCUCAUAUCGACAAAAUGGAUUAAUAAAAGCAGUGGAGAUGGAGUUACCAAAGGCUGAGCAUAGAAAAUGUGUUAGACACAUUUAUGGCAACUUGAAAGCGAAUCAUGGAAAAAAGAUGGAGAUGAAACCAUUUAUCUGGAACUUGGCGUGGAGCUAUAAUGAAACACAAUUUGAGAAAAAAUCUGCAAAGGCUGAGAGACUACGAUGAAGAUGUUUACAAUGAUGUUAUGAAGAGUAACCCGAGGAGUUGGUGUAGAGCUUUUUACAAAAUUGAUGGAGAAUGUUGUGAAGAUGUUGAAAAUAACACUAUUGAAUCAUUCAACAAUAGCAUUGGAAAAGCAAGGGAGAAACCAGUUUUGCCAAUGCUAGAGACAAUUCGGAGACUAGCAAUGACACAAAUUUCAUUGAGAAAAACCAAAGCAAGCAACCACCCAUCAAAAUUUACACCAUAUGUCCAGAAAAUUCUUGAUGAAGAGCAUGAAGAUGCUGACAUCUGCACAAUAUGGCCAGGCACUAGUGGAAAAUUUGAGGUUGAAACUGUUUGGGAUUCAGAGAGGGUAAACAUGACAGACAAGACAUGCACUAGUUGCAAGUGGGACAUAACUGGGAUCCCAUGUGUGCAUGCCUAUGGAGUGAUAUUGAAAAGAAACCUUGAUCCUGAUGACUAUGUGUCAGAUUGGUUUCUCACAACUCGCUGGAGAGGAACAUAUAAUGAGGCAAUGAUCCCACUGAGAGUUGCUGGUCAUUGGAGUCGCGGUGACAUAUCAUUGGUGGGUAUACCUCUUGAACCACCACAACCUGGACGGAAGAAGAACCGUAAGAAACAAAAAAGAAAGAAAGGACUUAAUGAGUCUCCGUCCAAAAAGAAGAAGAAUAAAAGGAAGAAUCUGAAACGAAAGACACAAGAAUCUCCAAAAAAGACACAACCGAAGAGGACAAUGCAUUGUAAGAAGUGUGGUGGAGCUGGUCACAAUUCUCGGCCAUGUGCCAAACGAGCCAAACGAGGACAUGGCAAAGCUUGUGCAAGUCAAGUGGAUCAAGACUCUUGAAACAAGAGUAGCUUCAGGAAAUUAGGUGGAUCAAGUUUAACUUUAGUUAGUUUAUGUUUUUUAGCACUGUUAAGAAAAGAAGCUCCUUUUUAGCUUUCGAAUUAUUGGCUUUGUAUUGGAUGUUAUGGUUCUCUUUUAGGUACGUGCAUCCUUUUGUCAUGGAUGUGGAUUAGACUUUUUCAUGUUUUGGGUUCGGCUUUCUCAUGUUAUUUGUCUUUUUCUGCUCUAAAUACUCUAAUACAUGACAUAACAAUCACGAUUUUAAACCUUCUGAACUGAGGAAAUAUUUCAAUA